CACAUUGGCCAGUAAUGCUAAAUUGUAGCUUUUAACCAGAGUUCAACUCUGUUAUGUUUCAUAAUGAGCUAUGCUUCAGAUAGAGAGUUAGUAGACAGGUUUAUGUUGUUUCGAGGAGGAAGGUUUCCCAUCAGCAGCCAUUAUGGCAAGUGUCCUUGCAUCAAAAAUGGGUCUCAGCUCCCUUCGGAGGAAACAAGCCAAAACCUUCAAUGUCGCAGUUGUUACAAUGGAUGCAGACUUGGAGUUCAGCUGCGAGCUGAAGUGGAAAGGAAAGGAUCUGUUUGAACUUGUGUGCCGGACACUGGGACUCAGGGAGACCUGGUUUUUUGGUCUGCGGUAUGACGUCAAAGACACUGUGGCAUGGCUGAAAAUGGACAAAAAGGUUUUGGAUCAUGAUAUGCCCAAAGAAGAGCCCAUUGUGUUUCAUUUCCUGGCCAAGUUUUACCCAGAGAAUGCUGAAGAAGAGCUGGUGCAAGACAUAACACAGCACCUCUUCUUUCUGCAGGUGAAGAAGAGUAUUUUAGAGGAGGAGAUAUACUGUCCACCCGAGGCUUCAGUGCUGUUAGCCUCUUACGCCGUCCACGCUAAGUAUGGUGAUUAUGACCCUAAUGUCCACAAGCCAGGCUUCCUGUCCCAAGAGGAACUGCUACCAAAGAGAGUUAUUAAUCUGUACCAGAUGACUGCAGAGAUGUGGGAGGAGAGAAUCACGGUCUGCUACGCUGAGCACAGGGGCAGAACCAGAGAUGAAGCUGAGAUGGAGUAUUUAAAAAUAGCUCAGGAUCUGGAGAUGUAUGGGAUCAAUUACUUUUCCAUUAGGAAUAAAAAGGGAACCAGCUUACUGCUGGGUGUUGACGCUUUGGGCCUCCACAUUUAUGACCCGAGUAACAAACUGACGCCCAAAAUCUCGUUUCCCUGGAAUGAGAUUAGAAACAUCUCGUACAGUGAUAAAGAGUUUGCCAUUAAACCCUUGGAUAAGAGGGCAGAUGUCUUCAAAUUCAACUCCUCGAAACUCAGAGUCAAUAAACUGAUUCUUCAGCUGUGCAUCGGGAACCAUGAUCUCUUCAUAAGGAGACGCAGAAUUGAUUCUCUGGAAGUCCAGCAGAUGAAGAUGCAGGCUAGAGAAGAGAAAGCUCGCAAACAGAUGGAGCGGCAGAGGCUGGAGCGGGAGAAACAGUUGCGUGAGGAGGCAGAAAGAGCUCGUGAUAAACUGGAGAGGAGAUUGAUUCAGUUACAGGACGAAGCUCACAUGGCCAAUGAAGCACUGUUACGCUCGGAGGAGACUGCAGAUCUGUUGGCGGAGAAAGCACAAAUCGCUGAGGAGGAGGCCAAGCUGUUGGCUCAGAAAGCGGCCGAGGCUGAACAGGAGAUGCAGCGUAUUAAGGUGACAGCCAUUCGCACUGAGGAGGAGAAGAGACUCAUGGAACAGAAGAUGUUAGAGGCUGAGAUGCUUGCACUCAAGAUGGCAGAAGAGUCUGAAAGGAGGGCAAAUGAGGCUGACCAGCUGAAACAGGACCUGCAGGAGGCAAGAGAAUCGGAGCGCAAAGCCAAAAACAAACUACUCGAGCUCACCAGCAAAUCGGCGUAUUCGCCUGUGCCGUUGUCUGCCAACGCUCUUCCUCCUGAUGGCCCGAACUUCAACUUCAGCAUGGAGAACCUGAGUUUUGACUUCAAAGACACUGACAUGAAACGUCUGUCCAUGGAGAUCGAAAAGGAGAAGGUCGAGUAUAUGGAGAAGAGCAAACACCUUCAGGAGCAGCUAAAUGAACUGAAGACCGAGAUAGAGUCAUUAAAGCUAAAGGAGCGAGAAACACCUUUAGACAUUCUACAUAAUGAAAACACUGAGAAAGGCACCAGCAAGCAGAGCAACUUUAAAAAGCUCACUCUACAGAGCACCAAAUCCAGAGUGGCCUUCUUCCAGGAGCUAUAGCCAUCCAGACACACUGGACUAGUGUUUGAAUGUGUGAACAAUGUAUUGUGUGUUUGUUAUCACAUUUUCUGACAGACUGUGACCCAUUCCUGUUUGAUUUUAACACAUUCUGGUGAUGAAGAAUGUAUAUGUGGCUAAAGUUUACAUUACACUAAGAGGACCAAACCCUCAUGUAAACAGAACUACAGAGGAAAAGGAGCUUUUCAAACCACCGCACAUACACUAACAUAAACUCUUUCACAUACAGAGAUGCACUACACGUUGUUUCCCAAUAUUCUUUUGUCUGCAGGAGGUCAGAAUCCCAUUAUGAAGACACUACGGUUAAGCAGUGUACACACACUGACUACAUAUAUCUCUGCACUGCAUCCUAAAUUCAUCUCUCCAGUUGCACAGCAGAUAUCUCUGUC